GGGAAAUCUUUCGUACCACAACUGCACCUGAAACAGGUUCAUGAUUUUGUUCCAUAUUUUAGUCUCUCUUAUAUUAUUGGAUAUGCCCUAUCUUGGUUGCAAAUCGAUGUUGAUAGCAUAAAUUCUUACAUAGUAGGAGAUGAGCAUUAUAAAAUAUGAAUUGUCCUGUAAUAUUGUUUGACGGUCUUUCUUUCUAAAUCUAGUGGUUUUUGAAAAAUUGAAGAGUUUUUUGUGUCCAAGCUAGGUUGGUUUACCUGACCCAGUUUAUUUCUUGUGAGACAUGAAACAGUCAAGUCAAAUCUGCCUGGUUUUAAAUUUCGCUCUCUUUGAAAUCGCUAAUAUUGCAGUCAUGUGUCGACUGGCAACCCUGUGAUUGUGGCAAAUCUCAUCUUUUCCUUAGGGAUUACUCCAACCUUGUGGACUCUAGUUGUGUUUGCACUUCUGAGAAUUACGACAAACAAAAUUUUGUUUUUUUCUUAAGACAAGUAAACUAUAUCUUUGUGCCUUUCCUUCAAUGAUAAAGGGAACCUCCUAGCUGAGGGCUGUGUGUCCCCCUUUUUCCUUUCUCCCUCCUUAGGGGUUGCUAGAAUAUUCCUCCCUCUUCGGCAUAUAUUAUCUUAUAAACGGGCCGCCCCCCAAAAAAUAAAAAUAAAAAUUGAUAAAGGGAACCUUAUUCCAGAAGAGGAAUCAUUCAUUUGAAGUUGUCUGUGGGUUCAUGGUUGUUUGCCUAUGUUCCUCUCUGAUGACAGGAGUUUGAGAGACAGCUAGCUGCAAAAUAAGCUUCUCUUCCUCAAGAACCAGCUUCAGAUGAUGAUAAUGCUGUAACUCUUCUCGUUCGGAUGCCUGAUGGUAGCCGCCGUGGCCGUCGCUUUCUCAAGUCAGACAGGCUCCAGUCUUUUUUUGACUUCAUUGAUGUGGGUAGGGCCGUUAAACCUGGUACCUACAAACUGGUCAUGUUUCCAUUGGCGUGAAUUAAAGAAAGAAAAGGGUAUUUCAUGCUCUGCAUUGGAUUAGAAUGUCUCCUUUUUCUUCCCUCCCUCGUUGACAUAAUAGUUUCACACAGUUAAUGUUUUAUAUCAAGGUCCAACUAUCCUGUCCAAUUUUACAAGUUUCUCUAUUUUGUCUCCACAAGAUAGACACAGAGAGUAGAUUGCAACUUUAACCAAUGGAAUUAAGGAGCUGCAGCCAUUUGCAUUUUAUUGGGGCAAUUAAGAAUGGUAUGGUGGAGAAAAUCAUCAAUGUAGAUUCUCAUGGAAGACCAGCCCUGAGGUUCUAAACAAUAGAGGCUAUAUAUGAAUCUGAAGAUGCCAAAAAUCUAGGUUCCUGCACAACAUUUCAGCAGCAAGGAAGGGGGUUGAUGAGUUCGCCAUUUGGUUGUGGUGGGGUAAAGAUUGACAGGCCGGUUCUUCUCACAGGUGGCAGAAAAAUCAAAACUGACCCUGAACUGUGUCAUUUAGGCAAGGAUGCUUGUGAUGACAUAAGAAAAGGUGACAUGGAUGAUCUUUGCUUUAGUGAAAUGACAUUAAAACAGCUUAAGGACAGAUGCAAAACAAAGAAAAGGAAACUUCCAAAAUCUGUUGAACUGAAAAAAGAACCAGGCUGUCAUCUAAGUGAAUAUUAUGCAAAAUUGGAACUGAAGGAAGAUGAAUCUGACCUGGACGAUAGUCUCAGCAGUUGGAAAUUAAAGCUGAAAAAAGUAACGGCCAAACGGAAGUGCAUUAAGAAAGAAGUGCAUUCGCCUUCCAAAUCUGCUGUUUCAGUUUCAGCAUCUGAACAAACUCCAAGUUCACCUCAAAGUAUUGGGGAUCUAACUGGAUCCAUUAAAUCUGAGAUUGAGAUUUCAGAAGUGCAUUCACCUUCUAUUUCUGCUGUUUCAGUUUUAGUAUCUGAACAAACUCCAAGUGCCCCUCAAAAUUCACCUCAAAAUACUUUGGAUCUAACUGGAUCCAUUCAAUCUGAGCUCGAGAUUUCAGGACCUGAGUUUUCAGAGUGUCAUAAUUUGGAUGGUUUUACCUUUGGUGCUACUGUCAAUUCCCACUCUGUAGUUGAUAUCAGUGCAAACCGAUCUGAUGAAGUGGCAGGGAUAUGUGAGAGAAGUGAGUUGGCCAUUGGACAAUCAAUUUUUCUUACUACAGAGUCUCGAAGUUGUGUUGUUACAGAAGUUUCAAUCGAAUGCUUGGAUCAAGACAAUUCUCUCUCUUCUCCUGCAAGUUCCACGGUAGGGGAUGUAAUGGAGGACAGUUUUGCCGGGGUGAUCGGUCAAGAAACUCUUUCAGAGGUGAUCAAUCAAGAAAAAAUUUCUUCCCCUGUUUCCGAACUUGAUACGAAUGUUAGCAUUACUCAAUCAACUCCUAAUGUAAGCCCUAUGGAGGCACUUAACUAAUAACCAACAAGCCUGGUUCUGAUACAUGUGGAAGCUAUGAAAGCUAUUCAUUUAUGCAUGGGACAAUUCAUGUGAAAUGGAUAGCAGCUCUGUGAUGCAUAUGCCUCAUAAGUUGAACCUUGAUGUUGGAUUUAGAUGCACAAAACCUGACCAUGAUGGUGGAUAUAUUUUAAGUAUGGAAACUGGAGAUGGCAGCGAGGAGGAUACCCUUCCUGACCCCAAAACCAAUGCUACAAGAAACUCUGAUGUCCUUUACAUGCCAUUUCAGAAGUCUCAUGAGGACUUUAAUUCUCCUAGUGAUUUUAGUUCUAUUGUUUGUAGUUCACCUACAAUUGAGGUGAAGCAGAAAUCAUCUUUAUCAGUAGAGGGACUGAUGUCUACUGGUGUUCAUACGGGAAAUGAUGGUGACACCAAGGAUGAUAACCUUCCUGAUCCUGAAACCAGUGUUAUGAACAACACUGACAUCCUCUACAUCUCAUCUCAGAAUUGUCGUACAUGCUUGAAUCCUUGUAGCUGUUCGGAUGAUUUUAAUUCUGCAACCGAUGAGAAACACUCAUUUACCACAGAAGAGGGAUCAAUGUCUAAUAUUGCUUACGUAAGAGACUGCUCUGUGAGGGCUGAUCCAUCUGAGUAUACUAGAAGUUGUACAGCGAUGGAAGUAGUUGAGAAUUUCCAUGCUUUGAAGCUGGAUUGUCCUCCAAAAAGUCUCCUUUCAACCAGAAAGGCCAUUUCUCCGACUUCUCAGGCAAAGCCGUGUCAAGCUGUGGAUGCUGACUACUUAAAUGAUGACAUAGGUCUUUCCAAGUGUAGGGAAAGACUAAGCUUUGGGAAACAGUCUACAAUUAGGGCCUCUUCAACAGGAUCCAAUCUUCAGGGAACUGAAGUCAAUAUGAGAGUAGCUGUUGACAGGGCUGGAGAAGUUGAAGAGACCACAAGAAUGUGGCUUUCCAUGAUGGCAAGAGACUGCAGCCGUUUCUGUAGAAUUAUGAGAUCGUCUGGAAACAAAGCUGCUACUGCUCCAACAUCUAGUUAUGGACUUCACAAGGACAGGAAGAAGAUAUUCUUUGCAGAUGAAGUUGGUGGGCCUCUAUGUCAUGUCAAGGUUUUUGAAGAUCAACUGGCUUCUCUCUGUGGCUCUGAAUGUGACACUGAGAAAUUCUUAGGCAACUAAAACUGAAAGAAUUGCUUCUUGUACAAUACCAUUGUUGAUAUUUAAAAUGCCAAUUUCAUGCUCAAACAGCCCCAGAAGAUCAUUUCUGUAAUUACAACAAGCCUAAGAGCUCUAAGCUUCUUUUAAGGUCUUGUUGCUUCUCACAAGCAUCUUUUCCUACAUUGUUAUUUCAUUGAUUUUAUUUAUUUUGAUGAGCUUGUUAUGUAAUAUUUGAAGCUGCUUGAUAAAGUACUUUGGCCUGCAGCUUAUGGAAGAACUAGAAUAUGUUUUCUGUCUUGAUUCUCAAGUAUAUUGACAAAAGGACAAAAUGGUUUAUGCA